CUCCAGGUGGUAAAGAUGUAUAAAAGCAGCAUUUUAAGCCUGGAACAUGAGCACAUCAUUCUUUUUGUUAACCAGCUGAUUAGUUCAGAACCAGCAGCAGCAGAAUGGCAGCAAAGAAGGUCCUGAUUGUGUAUGCUCACCAGAGCUCUGGAUCAUUCAAUGCUGCAGCUAAAAAUGCUGCUGUUGAGGUUCUGACUGCUCAGGGUUGCACAGUGGAAGUCUCUGACCUGUAUGCCAUGGGUUUUAAAGCCACUGCCACAGCAGAGGACAUCAAGGGAGACGUAAAGAAUGCUGAUAACUUCUGUUACUUGGAAGAGUCCAAACUGGCAUGGGAGCAGGGGAAGUUGUCUGACGACAUCACAAAGGAGCAGUCUAAGCUCACUGAGGCAGACCUCAUCAUUUUUCAGUUCCCCAUGUACUGGUUCAGUGUUCCUGCCAUCCUGAAGGGCUGGAUUGAUCGGGUGCUCACAAAUGGCUUUGCCUUCUCACAAGACAAGCACUACAGUCAGGGAGUCUUCCAGGACAAGAAAGCCAUGUUGUCCUUCACCACUGGGUCUCUUGAAUCAAUGUUCAGCCCAACUGGUAUUAAUGGAGACAUGAAUGUUACACUGUGGCCACUGCAGAACGGCAUCUUGCACUACUGUGGCUUCCAGGUUCUGGCCCCUCAGAUCUUCUGGGCUCCCUCUGCUGCUGCAGUUGAAGAUCGCAGCUUACUGGAGGAAAAGCCUCUCUCCUCCGUUCCUCUAGAUUGUUUUGAUGAGGCGGCUUUCCAGCUGAAACCUGCUGUGCAUGAGAAACAUGCCAGCGAGGAGUUUGGCCUAACGGUGGGCAUCCACCUGAACAAGCCACUGCCCCCUCACAGCCAGAUGAAGGCUGGGUGCUGAUGUUACCUUGACUGAGCAAUAAAAGCUGGUUUAUUCUGAAGUUGUAUGCA